UUACAGUCUAGUUUAGCAAUCCGAGCUGCUUCAGUUAAAGGCUCGUCGGAACAGCUAACCUAGACGUGCUGCAUUUGCUCUUUUAUAGAGCUAGAUUGCAGGAUGUAGCGAUGCAUACGUAACCAACUGGUAUUAAGGGUUUUUUUAGGACACGUGUAGAAAAUAAUCCAUCGCCAAAUGUCAACCUGCGUUACACCUGCUGUUUGAAAGGUGAGCUCCUAGCCAGUUCCCGGGGGAGCCGAGCUCCACCCAUCGCAGCAGGAUGAGUCGGGACACGCCUGUCCGCAGCUGGCCCGCCUCCUACUAUGUAAGCAGGGAGAAGCGCUGGGUGAGUGGCACACUGUCCCUGAGCCGCACCUCCGUCAGCUUCGCGUCGGAACCAAGCCGCGGAGUGGCGGCCACUGUCCCGCUGUCCCACGUUGUGGAGGUCAAGAUGGAAUCGUCCAGCUUCAUCUUCGGGGCCCUGACAGUGCUCGAGCAGGGUGGAGUCAAGCACUGGUUUGGCUCGCUCCGCCCGUGCCGUGCCGCCGUCUACCAUGUGGUGGAGCACUUCUGGAGGGAGAGACUCCUGGGUCCCGGCGAAGCCCAGGUGCCUCCUGCUCCGCUCAGCAAGGGCCAGGAGCUCAUCAGUCUGGUGUCCGGGGCCCAGCGCAGGCUGGCCGACACAGGCAAGGUGAUCAACCACCAGGGGGAGCAGUUCGACAACGUGAUGCAGGGGCUGGACAAGAUUGAGUCUGACCUGGGCGUGGCUGAUAAGCUGUUGUCUGAGCUCGAGUCUCCACCCUGGUGGCCGUUUGGCAAGCUGCCCUGGAGAAGUCAGCCGGAGAAGGCAGAGGCAGCUGCCAAGGCUCCCUGCCCCAAAGGCUCCGGCAAAGCCCACAAGGUGAUCAGCAGCAUCCCGGUUGUGGUGUCCCGCGGCGGAAAUCCAGGCGAGGUGAAACCUGGCUCCCUAACUGUGCUGGUGUCUGGCCUGGAGGUGCGCGGCGCUGGCGGGCAGCUGGUCCACCGCUUCGAGCGGGAUGAGGUGGACGACAUCCGCGUGCACAGCCCCUACGAGCUCAGUGUCCGCCAGCGCUUCAUUGGCAAGCCGGACGUGUGCUACAGGCUGCUGUCCGCCAAGAUGGGCGAGGCCCUGGCCGUGCUGGAGGUGCAGUACAAGAAGAAGGUGGAGUUCAUGAGCGAUUACGCUGCCUUCCAGGCCACGCCCACUAACACACCAGGGAGCGCGGACAGCGCCGCCGCCUUCUGGGCUGCAGGUGUGGCCCCGGUACAGGGCCUGGACACAGAGAUGCCUGCUGGGAUGCUGACUCAGGUGCAGCUGCACGUCUUACGUCCCACGGUGACCGAGGCAGAAGCGCAGGAGCUCAAACAGAUGCUGACCCAGCUGAAGAGUCUGGCCCUUGAGGCAGAGACAGAGCUGGAAAGGCAGGAUGAGACCCUGGACGCGCUGGCGUCCUCCAGCGACCGCGCUACCAUGACCAUCGACAAACACACCCGCAGAAUGAGGAAACUACUGUAGCGGCUGCCGCCCCUCUGUCGCCAUGGCGUUCUACACCAAGACCUGCUGCCAUCUCUGUCUCGCUGGUCCAAACCUUCCUGCUCAACCAAUGUCAUGCCUCCGUGUUCCCCCCAUCUUAGAGGUACUGCAUGAGGCAUGCAUACUCUGCAUCGCCACCUACUGGGCAUUGUAUAUAAUCUGUCACCCUGAUGUUCAACCCUAGAUCCUCGAGGGCUGGUUCCUACUUUUACAGAGGAGUCAGGUGUGAUGUCAGGUGGUCAGUCAGGUAAACUGACUGUUGAGUAAGUAAAAAAAAAAAAAAAACCUCGGCUGGGUUUGGCUUCAAGGAUUAAGUAUUAGAGCUACAACACUAAGGGAGAUUGAAUACUGUCCCACAUCAUGACUGUAUCCUUCAAGUCUGAUCAUGGUUUAUUUCUAGGGUUACUUGUGUAUGCUAUACAUCAACGAUGUUGCCAAAUGUUGUAAUCUUGUGUCUGACUGUAAAAUAAACUAAAAUAAACUUAACUUCACGUA